UUUUUUCAUUUUCAAAUCUCUUCUUUCAGUUUGUUGAAACUGUCUUUGGUGAAUUUCCACCGUAAAUGUGUGAUUGUCUCUUUCUCUGUUGAUGCAAGAAGAAGAUCAAAAAGAAACUUGUUCAAGCUUAGGGUUUAUGCCAUGGGCGACUGGGGUGAUGCCGCAGAUGCUCAAGAGAAAAUCUUGAGUGCUAAAGUUGCUGGCCUUGGAUUAUCUGCCCCGUCUCCAGCCUCCACGCAAGACCAGAGUCAUGCUGUGGCAACAGCUAUUGGAGCCACCACCGUAGCAGCGGUCGCUCAGGAUAAGUCAUCAGCACCCGAAGGCGCUGCUGCGUCAACAACAGAAGAUGAUAAAAGCAAAGAAGAAACUCCAUCUGCUGCUGAAACCUCAUUAUUGAACAAGCUACUACGUGAAAAGCUUGUUCCUAAUACACAGCCCAUCGAAGUUCAACGUGCUGACCCAUCCAAUCCACUAUACUCUGUGAGAUCAUUUGAAGAUCUGCAUUUACGGAAGGAGGUUUUGCAGGGUGUUUACGGCAUGGGUUUUAACCGACCAUCGAAGAUUCAGGAGACUGCCCUCCCUCUUCUGUUGGCUGAUCCUCCACAGAAUAUGAUUGCCCAGUCUCAGUCCGGAACUGGGAAGACUGCUGCAUUUGUCUUGUCAAUGAUCAGUCGUGUUGAUGAGACUAAGAGGCACCCACAGGCGUUGGCACUAGCCCCGACACUGGAGUUGGCUCUUCAAAUCGGUGAAGUCUGUACGCAGAUGGCCAAAUUCUGCACCAACAUUGGUGUCACUUAUGCGAUCAGAGGUCGUCAUCCGCAGCCGCCAGUAACAGAGCAGAUCGUCAUCGGCACCCCGGGUACGGUUCUCGACUGGAUAUUCAAGAAGCGUGCGUUUGAUGCCACAAAACUCAAUAUCUUUGUCCUUGACGAGGCCGACGUGAUGAUUUCCAUGCAGGGACACCAAGACCAGUCGAUGAGAAUACGAAAGAAGCUCAGUCCACACGCUCAAAUGCUGCUCUUCUCCGCCACAUAUGACCAGCCAGUGAUGCAGUUUGCAGAGCACAUGGUUAAGAAUCCUGUUAUCAUCAAACUGAAACGACAAGAAGAGAGUUUGGACAACAUCCGGCAAGUCUACGUAAUGUGUCGCAACGAGCAAGAGAAGUAUGAGUCACUCAGUAGCAUCUACGGUCUAGUUAGUGUCGGUCAAGCUAUGAUCUUUUGCCAGACUCGCAAGUCAGCAUCCUGGCUUGCAAAGAAGAUGUCGGAAGAUGGCCAUGCCGUUGCCGUCCUUACUGGUGAACUUGCUGUGGAGCAGCGCAUGGCAAUCCUGGACAGGUUCCGCUCUGGCAAAGAGAAGCUACUCGUCACGACAAAUGUAUGCGCUCGUGGUAUCGACGUGGACCAGGUGACGGUGGUUGUCAACUAUGAUGUGCCUGUCGACGUCGCCAACCAACACAAGCCUGACUUCGAGACAUACUUACAUCGGAUUGGUCGAACAGGCCGAUUUGGCAAGUCUGGCCUGGCUAUCAACCUGGUGGAUGGUCGUCGUUCCUUCAAUACCCUAAUGGAAAUUGAGAAGCAUUUUGGCCGUAAGAUUGAGAAGAUCGACAUCAAUGACACGGAGCAAGUUGAAAGUCUCGGUCAGUAGUUCGCCAUUUUUGGCUGGCUGCUAUUGCCAUGCUGUGGAAAGUUGGAUGCACGUCUUGCCGCUGAUAAACUAUGAGCAUCAUUUAGCUCCGUAUGUGCUAUUGGCCUGUAGUUGGCCUUGUGUGUUUGAGAAUACUGUUACUAUAAGUUUUGUAGCGCCAAAGCACAAACCCCUUCCAUGGUGUGAAUUCGAUGAGAGAUCUCUCCAAGGUGCUGUAUGACACGAAUUCAGGCCCCUCACUUCAUACUCACAUGGAUACUGUGUCCACGCUGUAGGGAGAUCCUCAAGACCUCAAGUUCGUCAACACUGGUAAAAGUCAAAGGGUGUGAAUCAGAGAGUGAUAGAAUACCCGGUAUUUUGCUAAAGAGUAGAUUAACUUGAGAAGCAUGUACAUGUACUAUAGGUGCAUAGUAUGUACAGGUAGAGCACUGCUCAAAGGAAUCUGACUACAUGUAUGCAAGUCA